AUUGGCUGGCGCGACGACAUAAAGUCCUGCUGCGUCCGAGGCUCCUUCACUGACUUCACUAACUGCAGCUGCUCAGCAUCACCCGCCGCAGAGUCAGCAGAACCUAACAGUCAUAAUGAAGGAGAGAAGACUCCCGCAGCCUUUUGUGGCGAGGUGUAAACUGGUGCUGGUUGGAGACGUUCAAUGCGGUAAAACAGCGAUGCUGCAAGUCUUGGUGAAGGAUUGCUAUCCAGAGACUUACGUCCCCACUGUGUUUGAGAACUACACGGCUUGUCUGGAGCUUGAAGACCAGCGUGUGGAGCUCAGUCUUUGGGACACAUCAGGCUCUCCGUAUUACGACAACGUCAGGCCUCUCUGCUACAGCGACUCCGACGCAGUGUUGUUAUGCUUUGACAUUAGCAGACCAGACACAGUAGACGGCGCUCUGAAGAAGUGGAAAGCCGAGAUUCAAGACUUCUGUCCCAACACUCGAAUCCUGCUCAUAGGUUGCAAGACAGACCUGAGAACGGAUGUGUGCACGCGCAUGGAGCUGUCCAAUCAGAAACAGGCUCCGGUCUCCCAGGAACAGGGUUCAUCUAUGGCUAAGCAGCUUGGAGCCGAAGCGUAUCUGGAGUGCUCGGCCUUCACUUCGGAAAAGAGCAUCCACAGUGUUUUCCGUACGGCAGCUCUGGCCUGCAUGAAUAAACUGCAGCCUGCCGACAAACCCAGCCCGGUCCGCCGCCUCUCCAAAAGACUGCUACACCUUCCCAACAAGACGGAUCUCCUCUCCUCCACUUUCAGCAAAGACAAGUCCAAAAGCUGUUCCAUCAUGUGAAAACAGCAAGGAGCGUGCUCGGAGUAUGGAAGGAGAGGACAGGAGAACAGUCUUGUAGCUGGUUCAGCCGGGGUUCAGGGGGUGCUGGGGGGGGAUACGGAGCAAUCGUCUGGAUUUUCACAUACCUUUUUAAUCUUUUGCAUCAUCCUCCUCUAACUCCUGUGUACCACAGUUUCGUCAGAGAGAAGCUAUUUGAAGUGGCGUAUAAUAAUCCUGUACAAACGGAGAGAAUAACAUGCACUUUGUGUUGCAGCUCCGCAUAAAGGUUUUGAGAAUCAGCUUUUUACGAUGGUCUGUACCUUAGCUUGUCCAUGAGGGAAGUAGUCGUAUCCUCUCCAUUAAAGUGAUGAAAUCCAUUUAAAUCUCUGACAGCGGUGCCGUAUCCCAUCCAUCUCUCUGUCUGGAUGUCCGUUAAAGGUCAAAGCAUGGGCUGUGCGACGGGAGCGUUAAAAUCUGAGCAUGACGCUGUAUCUGCAGAAACCUAGCUGAAGAAAUCUUUUUUUUUUUAAAAACUGGCUCUUGAAGAAAUGAUCCCCCUACCUGAGCCCUGACUGUAAUAUAGUUUGAUGUUAAAACUGACAGCAGAACAAAAGGAGAUGGCAAAAAAGGAGGAAUAUGGCGAGUGGUGCGCUCAUCUGCAGAAGGCAGUGGGAGGACAAAGCGUGAGUCCGUCUGAAGGAGUGAAAUGUGACUCAGCACUACCAUGAGCAGGUGGCUGCUUGGUCUUAAAUACUUCCAACAUGUCUUUAGGAGGUUCCCUCCAUCGUCCCAUCACCCCAGCAGCCUUAUGUGUUCAGUAACCAUAGGCCUUGAUUUUAGUGGUGUUACAUUGAGGAAGGGUAUUUCUGGAUAGUUUAAUUUUUGAAACAACAAUUUAAUUUUGUUUCUGUUUAUUUUUUUAGUCUUUUUUUUUAUUGAUGAGACCAAGAAAGCAAAGAAAAGUCUGAACUAACCGUUUCGGAAACACCCAUCCUCAUGGACAAUUUAUCCGCUUGGUUCUGCAAAAAAGUUCCUCAUUGUUGCUUACAGUACAGUCUACCAAAGCUUGGCCAAAGGACGAUUUUACACUAGUGAAUAAUUAGUUAAUUCCCCCAAAAUAAAAACAAAACCUGGUGUAUGUU